CCAGUAACAUAUAAUACAUGUAGGCCUAUAGUCAAAUAAUACUAAAAACAAAUAUACUAACCAAUUGAACUAUACGUUCACAUUUCUACGGCUACUAUUCCACAUUUGAUUUACGUCAUAUGGGCUCACAAGUAUACGCUAUACAACUGAACUUUAGUUUCCAGAAUAAAUGUGAUAAAAACGUAAUCAUAUCUUUAUUGAUCAUCGUAUCUCUGUUAUCAGUUCAGGAGUUGCCUUCAGGUCUCAGUCUCCACGAUUGCUCAGCCGUAGUGCGUUUAAAAAAAACAUUUCUCUUUUUCGUGACCUGAGUUUGACCUCCAGCCAAACUAAACCCGAGUACUCAGACUCCACUCGACACAUGUGCGUUCAUUACUUCUUCAGGAAUUUUAAACCUCUAUUUAUGUAUGGUUUUCUGCUUUCAUAACACUUAUUUUAUGAUGACAUCACCAGUAUUCUAUUGCUGUAGAUCCACAACUCAUAUGCUCAAAUGUGACCUUAUUUCUCUCGCAGCCUCCCCUUAACUAUGGACCUCUUGACCGUCACAGUUCAGUGAUGUUAGCGUUGAGCCACUACAACUCCUCCGCCUCCCCGCAGCUCCCUCGUUUCCCCAAUGACAGCGGCGGGAAGGAGGCCAGGGUGGCCGUCGGCGGGCUGCCGCAGCAGGGGAACAUCACCUUUCUGCAGCCCACCACCGGCGGCAUCAUCGUCGUCAUAUUCUCCAUGACGCUGGGCAUCAUCUCCAACAUCGUGGCUCUCUUCAUCCUGGCCAAUGCCUACUCGCUCCAGCGCAGGCGCACCAAGGCCACGUUCCUCCUGUUUGCCGGUUCCCUGGUGGUCACGGACUUCUUCGGCCACGUGAUCCCCGGUGCCCUGGUUCUCCGGCUCUACCUCUCCGGAGGCGUUUCCCCCGAGGACUUCAACGACUCUGAUACGAUGUGUCAGUUCCUGGGCGGCAGCAUGGUCUUCUUUGGCCUUUGUCCACUCUUUAUGGGCUGCGCCAUGGCGGCCGAGCGCUGCCUGGGCGUCACGAAGCCCCUGCUGCACUCGUCCCUGGUCACCAAAACCCGCACAAAGAUCUGCCUGUCUUUCAUCUGGCUGGUCGCUCUGUGCGUGGCCAUGCUGCCGUGCUUUCAGCUGGGCUCCUACACCUAUCAGGACCCGGGGACCUGGUGUUUCAUCAACGUGCUCAGUGACACUCGGGAGGUGGAUUUGGCGUUCGUGGCGCUGUUCUCCGGACUGGGUCUGACCUCGCUGGCCGUGGCGCUGGCGUGCAACACCAUCAGCGGACUGACGCUGGUGCUGGCUCGGCUCAGGAGGCAUCCGGGCUCCCAUCACUCGGCCAAGUCCCACGACAUCGAGAUGGUGGUGCAGCUGGUCGGCAUCAUGGUCACCACCUGCAUCUGCUGGAGCCCACUGCUGAUCUUCGGCCUGAUGUCGGUGAUCCGCUCCUACACGGGAUCUAUCAGAGAGGACCUGUCCGCCUACAAAACCCUGAUGGUGAUGGGUGUGAGGCUGGCCACGUGGAACCAGAUCCUCGACCCCUGGGUCUACAUCCUGCUGCGCCGCACCGUCCUCCGCAAAAUCUACCUCAUCGCUAAGUGCCAGGCGGGACCGAGGGGGAACAUCUUAGGCCGCUGGGAGCACACCUCGUUUCCCAGCUCGGAGAAGAAGGUCAACCAGGUUUGAGCUGAUGAAAAAGCCAGAGAAAGUAUUUCUUGAGGGAGAUGAACUUUGUAACCAAGUCGUUGAAUAUUCAAAAGAAGUCAACUAACGUGAAGAAGGAGAGACCCUCGGCUGCGACGGUGGAGUCGAUCAGAUUAUCAGUUGGACGUUUCUCACUUUGGAGAAAUGCCUCAUGGAUUAAAUCAAAAAUAUCUCUCUCAUGCUCUUCUUUUAUCAAAGUUUACAAGCGACGUCAUUGUCUGACCUUUCAAAUGUAAGCUCGCUAAUGCUAUGAUUUUGCACAUGAACUGUCCAUUGUUUACUUAUAGUUAGUGAACAUUCCUUAUUAUUAAUAGUUUUACUCAUUUGAAACGCACCAUAAGGGCGGAGAUGUCGGCCAAAGUUUAACUUUACGCUAUGUAAAGAGACUUUUUUUGGCAGGAGUGGUACUUACAGAGGGACUGAGGAUUAUUUGGUUUUAUUUCUCAACUUUUAUUUACACCAAGCUUUGUAUGAAGGUAGAUUUGUGUCUUUAUUACACAAACUUCCAAAAACUUUUGAGAGCAAAUUUCUCAUUUGUAUGUAAAUUAAUUAUUAGUUUUGCUGAUAAAACUAAAAAUUACCUUCUUUUUUUGCGUAAUAAAGACACAAAUCUACCGUCCUAGCUUUGGAUGUGAAAGAUAAAACAGUUAAUAGCCAUUACAUUAAAUGAACAUGGAAUAAAGGAGCUCCAUCCGUAUAACGAGGGAGUAUUUAGAUUGUAAUCGCAAUGUUCAUUAUUCUACUGGAUGUAUUUCAUGAAGGAAUGUUAAUAUUCAAAUAUUGUUGAUAGUGUGUGUCUAUUUCAGUGUAAAUAUGCUUUCCAUGUGUUUAUACAGUGUUUUAUGUGAAAUCAUGUAAGAUUGUAUAAGUUAAUACUUGAAUUGGAUACCCUCAAUUUACAGAGGAUGUGUAAAAAAAAACGUUGAAUGUAAAUAAAACAAUGUAAUGUGACCUUA